CACCAAGGUACCAUAGAGAGAGAGAGAGAGAGAGGGGAGAGCAGUGGGAGGAAGAAGAAGAGCAGCAAAAGAUUGGGGAGGCAACCAGAAAAUUUCACACAAACUCAGGGACCCCCUCUGUCCUUUUCAUUUUUCCCACCCAAAUUUCCCCUUCUUCCCUCCCUCCCUCCCUCCCUCCCUCUCUGAAAUACACACAGAAGCUCUCCUUCUCUCUCUCUCUCUCUCUCUCUCUCUCUGAUUUGGAUUCUCCCUAAAUCUGAGUUCGGGAAGGGGGGGCCUUUUACAGUCAGGGUCGAAAUCGCUCAGAUCCGCGCGGGGACAUUUUCUUGGCGAGAAGAUUGUGUGUUCAUGCGCGCUGCUGGAGUGUCCUUCGCUUGAAUCAGUUUGGGGAUUGUUCGUGAGAAUGUGGCUGACUGGAUCCAUGGAGGGUCCAAUGCCUUAGGCCCUUAGUAUCAUUUGUUUGUCAUCAGUCUUUGCUUCUGGCAUGCUUUUUUGCCUUUCUGAGUUACAAAGGUGAAAUUGGUACCUGUUGAUGGAUUUUUGAUUGAUAUUUACUGCCUGACUUUAUACAUUGGCAACAAACUAAUGGAGUGCAACAAAGAGGAGGCUGUCAGGGCAAAGGAAAUUGCAGAAGUGCGGAUGCAAAACAAUGACUUUGCAGGGGGCUUGCGCCUUGUCCAGAAGGCCCAGCGUCUUUUCCCCGAGCUUGAGAACCUAUCCCAAAUGCUGGCUGUUUGUGAGAUUCACUGUUCUGCUCAGGCUAAAGUUUGUGGAUCUGAGCAUGAUUGGUAUGCAAUCCUACAGAUUGAAAAGUCUGCUGAUGAUAUAACUAUCAAGAAGCAGUACAGAAAAUUUGCUUUGUUACUUCAUCCUGAUAAAAAUAAAUUUACUGGUGCUGAGGCCGCUUUCAAGAUGAUUGUUGAAGCGAAUAGGGUGUUAACAGACCAGUUGCAGCGAAAAUUAUACGACAGUAAGUUUAGGAAUCCAGUGCAGCCACAGAAGCCUCCAGCUCAUCAACCAACUCGGUAUACUGGUGUCAGGAGAAAAAACGGAACUCAAAACAAAUCAGAGAGCCAUCCGAAUUCACGAUUUCCAAGUUCAAACGCUGAACAGCAGGGGCAGCAGCAGACUUUCUGGACCAGCUGCCCCUUCUGUAAUAUAAGGUAUCAAUACUAUAAGCAAUUUGUGAAUAAAGCUUUGCGUUGUCAGACUUGCAAGAAACCCUUUAUUGCCUAUGACUUCAGUACUCAAGGCAUGGCACCUGGACCACAGUGGAGUAAUUUUGCCAACCAGCCAGAUUUUUCAAAUUUUGGGUUCUCAAAUACAACUCCUCUGGCUAAUAACGGAGUUCCUCCUCCUAUGCAGUUUGAGGACAGGUUUUCAGGAUUCGUUCCGGUAACUAAACAAAAGGGGCACGAUGAGGUUGCUGGCAGUUCAAGAGCUAAGGUGGGCAAUGAGUCUGCUGACAAGGGAGCUGGAAUGAAAGAAGAUAGAAUUCCAUACGGUAAUGCAGCAAGACCAACAGGAGUGGGUUCUCAGAGUACCAUUGGCAGGAUGAGAAGUGGGAUUUCUGGUGUUGAAUUUGUUGGGACUCCUGAGAAUGUGAGUAGGAAUGACACUGUUGGACAUGCUGGCACUUCAGAAGAUGGAAUUAAUCCUUCCCAGUCAAAUUCUGAGCUCAAUGGAGCUAUGAGAUCUCAGCAAAAGCAACCUCCCUCCAGGAAGUCUUCUCGCCUAAAGCAACGUGUGUCGUACAAUGACAAUUCAAUUGGUGACGACGACUUUGUUAACCCGUCAAAAAGGUCAAGAGCCAAUGGGUCGUCGGAUUCUGCGGAAGCUAAGAAAAAUGAAGGGUCUGUUGAAGGCUCCAGUAGUGAUCAUUCAACUUUUUCUAAUCCUGAAAAUGGCGUUAAUAAAGACAUUAAGAAUGUAAAAGAUCUUCCUCAGAAAGAAAGCUUAUCUGGGAAGGAUUCUGGGAAAAUGAAGCCUGAAGAGAAGAGCGGGGAAGCAGUUUCUGCAGAUGAGCAUAAUGAAAAAUCUAAAUCUAACAGUAGUUCUGGUUUCGAUGGGCAGGAACCUCACAUAGUCAUCUGCCCUGAUCCAGAGUUUAGUGAUUUCGAGAAGGAUAAAGCGCAAACCUGUUUUGCUGUUAAUCAAUUAUGGGCAUUGUAUGAUACACUAGAUGGCAUGCCGAGAUUUUAUGCUCGGAUAAAGAAAGUGUUUUCUCCCGGUUUCAAGGUGCAAAUCACUUGGCUAGAGGCUGAUCCAGAUGACGAAGAUGAGAUUGAUUGGUGUGAGAAUGAGUUGCCUGUUGCUUGUGGCAAGUACAGAACUGGGCACACGGAAGACUUGGAAGAUGAUCUCAUGUUCUCUCACCAGAUAGAGUGCCUUAAGGGUGCUCGUAGAGGCUCUUUCAUGGUAUAUCCCAGAAAAGGGGAGAUCUGGGCCCUUUUUAAGAACUGGGAUAUAAAAUGGAGCUCCGAACCAGAGAAACAUCUUCCUUGCAAGUAUGAAUAUGUGGAGAUCCUCUCAGAUUUUGUCGAGGACUGUGGCAUUAAGGUUGUGUAUUUGAGCAAGGUGAAAGGCUUUGUUUGCUUGUUUCAGCGUGUAGAUGCACAUAAAGAUGCAGAUGCCUCAUUUGAAAUAGCUCCACGUGAUUUGUACCGAUUUUCUCAUCAAGUUCCAUCAUUCACGAUGACUGGGAAUGAAAGACGAGGUGUUCCUGCCGGAUCUUUUGAACUCGAUCCUGCAGCUUUAGAUAUUGAUGAGCUCAGAGAUACUGUGGAGAACAAAAGUGCUGAUGCUGAUGUAAGGAAGCGUAUGCCUAAAAAUUCUAUGGUAGAGACUUUACCUGUAAGGAGGUCGCCGAGGGCUUUGAGCAAACAGCGGUAGUCCAAUAAUGCUAGUGGAUCUACUGCCAAAGAAGGGAUGUAGAAACAGUUUAUACUAAUGGCCACUUAACUUGGAAGUUGUAAGUAAUGUUCAGCAACUUGACUGGGAAUGAACCUGUUAAUCUUCUGUUAGAUCAGACUUCGGCUGUGCAGCUGUAGUUGGUCAUCAGGCAUCAUUCAUGCUUCAGAAAUUAUCACCAAAAUAACAAGGAAAAGGUUUGUUGGGUUUUGGUUUAUUCUGAAUUGGUGGUAAUGAAGAGAGUUUUUCCUCACUUUUUUUUUGUCUAGUCUUUCAGAUGCUUGACUGAUGCCCCUUGAAUAGGCAACUAUAUUUUGCUCAAGAGAGGGCGAGUACUGAGUUUUGAAGCAGAAGACAAUGUUUCGGGGUGAAAGGGAGAUAGAGAUUGACUACAUAGACUUUUGGGGUAUUGGUAGAUGUACUGUUAGGUCCCAACUGUUGGUAAAUGUUGAUGUUAUUAUCUUCUCGCCAAAGAAGUUUAUGCUAAUGUGACUCAAUAGUUUUUAUCAUUCUAUGUCCACCCUCGGUUAGAAGCCAUCGCUUUUGGAUGUUCCAUUGUGGAAAAAUAGAUGAGCUUAUCUGUUCCGACUUUGCUAAAUCUUUUAUGCUGAAUGUGGCUUUUUGAAUCAUUA